CCCUCCAUUCUGGGGGUCAAUGGCUGGGCGGGAACUGGUGAGUUUCUUAAGUUUAAGGAGAGGGGGAGAGAGAGACUCAAGAAUGCAGAAGAGAAUGGCUGUGAAAUCCGAGGGAACGAGACAGGAUUAAGGCUCUUUAAAUGGAUGGAUGCCCCUGCUCGUUUGAGGAAUAAGAAAGCAGAUGGGGCUGCAAUAAGGCAGCCUCUGAAUGCACAGAGAGCCCCCCUCACACACACACACACACAAACACACAAACCACACAAAUGCAAGACGGAGGUUAAUUGCAAAGAGAACCCCUCUUACGUUUUUUUGCAUCGGUGCGUUUUCUUCAUUAUUGCAGUUGAUUUGUUAUUCAGUGCAGUCUCCUAAAGAGUCUUUUCAAGUUAUACAGGUAGUCCUCAACAUAUGACCACAAUUGAGCCCGAAAUCGACCUUUGCUAAGCGAGACAGCGAUCUAAGCGAGUUUCGCCCCACUUGAGGACCUUCCUUGCCAGACUUGUUAAGUGAAUCAACUGCUGUGGUUAAGUCCGCAACACGCUUGUUAAGGAAAUCUGGCUCCCUCUCUGCUUGUCAGAACGUCGCAAGAGGGGAUCACGUGACUCUGGGACACCGCAAACCGUCGUAAAUAUGAGUCGGUUGCCGAGCCUCCGAAUGUUGGUUAGGUCACCAUAGGGCUGCUGCGCCGGUCGUAAGGAAAGAUCUUCUGGCUAGCUGGAAAUCAGCCCAUCUUGCCUCUUCGGUGACCGUGUCCUUCAGGCGGUGUGUUACUAAACAACAAUCCACUGACUUUGUAGAAUCAAGAACUUGACCCUCUGGGCUUCUCGCUUCUCCAAAUUCCAGCUGUGUUGGUCCUGAAGAUGAAGACCAAGCAAGGAGACUCUUUGCCUACCAGCCCAGAGUUGAGAGAGAGGCUGAAGCAGGAAGAGAAAAUGGGUGAACUGGAUGUGGUAGGCCCCGAAAUGGCUCCCCAGGCUUCUCUCGCCUUCCAGGCUGGUGGGAAUAGCAGAGAAAGAAAAGGGUCAGCCAUCUUGGAUGAGGCGAAUGCCGUCCACUCGGACACAUCCCAGAAUCAGAUGCAAAAUCAGGAAUCGCAAAGGCAGAAGCUGGCAGAAGAUGUCUUACUGGGGGAAGGAGAAGAUGAUCAGG